AUGAAGCUUCCCGAAUAUAAAAUAGUUGACUUCGUAAGAGAGCAAAAUUACUUCGAUCGAUCCCAGGCUUCGACAAGUGUAGUAUGCAAAGCCCAGAAAAACGACGAGAAGACGACGUAUAACUUAAAGCAAAGCUCUUGCAAAGGGAACGCUUAUAGUUAUGUGACCACUCUUAAUAACUGGGCUUUAUAUCAUGCAAAGCAGGGAAAUUUCUUUGAAGCUUCCCACCUUUUGAAAAGAUCUUAUGGUAUAAGAAAAGCUUUUUGGCUUUAUCAUCCGACCACGGUGGUAACCUUAAGUAACUUGGCUUUGGUGUACAACUUUAGCGGACUAUUGCGUGAAGCUGAGAUUACAAGCUUAGAAGCCAUUGACCUAAUGGAGCGAACUAAAAGCGCUGAUUAUCUGCAUGCGGCUUUGCAUUUCUUUGCCUUGGCAUCGCUUUACAAAUACCAACGGAGAUAUAAAGAAGAAGAGUCAAGCUAUCGGGCAAUCUUAUUUGUGUACGAAUCCCAUUAUGGUGCGAACGAUGCCCAUGUAAUUGGUACGAAAGCACGUUUAGCCAAUUGUCUUACCGGACAGAAGAAAUUUUCCGAAGCUGAACAAUUAUAUUACGAUAUAUUAGCAGAGGCUUGCCAACGAGAAAAUAACCCUAUUGAAGAUUCAUCUGAGGCGCAAGGUAACGUAGUUUUACAAACUCUCGAAGCCGAUAAGUUAUGGUUCAAAGUUAGCAACAUAUUAUAUCCAACCGUGGCUGAAACUAUUAAGAAAUUGACCGAUUUAUAUGCAUAUCGUGAUGAUUAUAAUCUUGUAUUAUAG